GUUGCUCGCCGCUCGCGGACGAACAGUAAGAAAAGCAAAGGCUCCGCGCAACGAGCACGCCAAACCCAAUCCGGACGCCAAACGAUCACGUGCAGACCCGUGCGCAGAACGCAGCAGCAGCCCACGUUUUCCUGUUUCCGAGUUUUCCUACUCCGCCGUUCCGUUCCGUUGUUACGCUGUCUCUCCUCAAGUGGUAGUGGUUGGUUUAAACGUUAUUUUAGUGGCAGAAAAUAAAAGCAAAGUUUAAUUUUUUGUAAAAGUAAAAGUGCAGUGGCUUUGUGCUUUGUGGGAAAAGAAAAAGGCAUCACACGGCUCCAACGCGUGCUCCACAGUGUACUUCAAAGCAAUAGACGUCUAGGAGACGAUUGUGUGUGUGUGUGCGUGUUUGUGUGCUGCGUACGCGAUCUCCAUCCAGUGUGUGCUGGGUGCGUUUCGCGAGCAUCAGCAAGGUCAAAAGGUUCUGGAAGGAUCGACAGAUCCAAGGAGUGGAGCGAUGAUCGAUUAACGCUCUCAAAGGGCGCGUGUGUUUGUGUGUGUGUGUGAGGGAAAAAAGCACGAUCAAUUGCUUGGGCCCGGUAGACGCACCCAAAUCCGAUCGAUGUAGUCCCUUCCUUGGGCAUCCUUGACGCAUCCGUUUCCCAAUCUGUGUUCCCAGCGCCUCCCGCGUUGUGCAAGCCCAGUGCAUAAGUAGUCAAGCGUGAACACACGAAUCCUCCUUAUCGGGGUGUUGCUUUAUUAGUCGCUGCAGUACCUAAGAUAAGGCGUUUGUAAAAGAUGCAUUCGCAGGGAGCCGCCGCGUACGUGUUUCUCCAGUGCCUGGUCGCUUUGGUUGCGGCCGUGAUAGCGCAGAGCGGUGCCGAUCAGCCGCCCACGACAAUGGUAGAGGUGACGGCACACGGCAGCGUCAGCAUGACGCCACCGACACCACGGUCACCGUUGCUGAACGAGACGGAGCUGGUGGAGCUGAACCAGCCCGGCAGUACGGCGGUGUUCGUCGCCCUACCGACCAACCCACCAACCGUUUCGGUCGACAGUUCCAGCACCACGACGGUGGCUUCCACCCAGGAACCGACGUCCACCACCGAACGGACCAUGUCGCCGGAGGAGAUACAGAAGCUGCUGCUGCCGCCGGCCACGGUUGAGGCGGACAUCUUGCACGUGAAUGCAACGGACGACAAUCGGCCAGAUGCCAAGUCCAGCGGCAAAGACUCUGAGUGUCCCACGUUAGAAGGAGCGGACCAUCUUUCACAGACGCAACUUCUGACGCGAUUAACACACGUCUGUCGGUAUGAUCGGCUAGAGCGUCCCAAGCGAGAAUCCAUCAACGGUACAAACGGCCCGGUAAAGGUGUACGCCCGCGCCUACAUCUAUUUUAUGCAAAAUUUAGAAGCACACGAUUUGCAAUUUAAGAUACACGCACUGCUCCAGUUCCGCUACGUCGAUCCGCGGCUGGUGUUCCGGGAGGUGGCACCGAACCGAACGAAACCGAUCAUGGGCGAACAGUCGCUGCGUGAUCUGCUCUGGGUGCCGCACGUCUUCCUCGCGAACGAGCGCAGCUCCGACAUACUGGGCACGGCCGAGAAGGACAUCCUUACCUCGAUCUCACCCGACGGUACGGUGAUCGUAUCGACGCGCAUCAGCGCCACCCUGUACUGUUGGAUGAAUCUGCAAAAGUUCCCGUUCGACGAGCAGCACUGUUCCACCGUGUUGGAGAGCUGGAUGUACAACGAGGACGAUUUGGUGCUACUCUGGGAGCACAAGUCGCCUGUAACGCUGGCCCCGGAGCUGCAUCUUACGGAGUACGUGCUGCUGGAGAUGUUCACCAACGAGACGGUUAUCAAUGCGGAUCUGAGUGAUCUUCGCCAUGGUGCUUUCGCUGGUAACUACAGCUCGCUCAGCUUCACCGUACAUCUGGCGCGCGAGAUGGGCUUCUACAUGAUGGACUACUUCAUCCCCUCGAUCAUGUUGGUCGCUAUCUCGUGGGUCACCUUCUGGCUGCAGGCGGAUCAGUCUGCGCCCCGCAUUACGCUCGGCACUAGCACCAUGCUAACGUUUAUUACGCUAGCUUCCGCCCAGGGCAAAACGCUCCCGAAGGUCAGCUACAUUAAGGCGUCCGAGAUCUGGUUCCUCGGCUGUACCGGGUUCAUCUUUGGCAGUUUGGUUGAGUUCGCCUUCGUCAAUACGAUCUGGCGCCGGAAGCGCAACGUGGAGGUGAAGAAGGUUAACAGUAAGCACGUGCUCAAGCAGGCCAUCACACCGCGGCCGGCGCGCAAGGACAUGAGCGGGCUGCACAAGUCACACUCCUGCACUUCGCUGGCCGACUCUGCCACGACCGUUUCGGCCAACUCCUUCAACAACUAUCUAACCGUGCAUUCCAUCCCUCAAAAGAGUCCCAGCAGUGCCACCCUGCCCAUCAUCUCCACGACCGACGUUGACCGGGCUAUGACGGAAGCCUCCAACGUUACGAUCCAGAUCGAGGGCCAAACGAGCAACGUGAACGGAAAUGGCUGGACCACGAUGACACCGCAAGAGGUGGCGAUCUGGAUCGACAAACGGUCACGCUUCGUCUUCCCGAUCGCGUUCGUGAUCUUCAACAUAUUCUACUGGACGUUCGUGUACUACGUGUGAGGAGGCCCGGCCAUACAAGUAUGGUUUACAGUCAUUGGGUUGUUUUAGUUGCAAACAACGAUCCGGAGCCUAAUUCGGCCGGAUGCACCGGAAAGUAUUAUACUGCGAGGCAGUGAGGGACGACAGCCUUGUGCUGGCCUUGUAGAGUCGCCUUUUUUGUGUGUUUGUGUGUGUGUAUGUGUGUGUGUUUCUAAGUAAAACACUUUCUUACCGAAGAUUAAACACUUAGCGAUAAUUAUUUAUUUGAACGACGUGCCUAAGACCUACCUACUGUGUGCAUAGUUAUAAACGAAACAAAAAAGUGAAUAAAUCCUGAUAAAACAAGUUGAACUGAGUAA